AUGGCGCGCCUCAACCAGCCUCAAUUCGACAUUAUCACUGGCGCCGAGCUCGCAGAUGCGCCUGUUCAGUCACAGCGACAGCCUCUCAGAGAAACAAUGAAUCAAUCUACGGCCAUCCGGCCAGAUGCCGGUAAUGAGGAACUUCGAGCUCAACUGCGAAGCGCACAAUACGAGCUGGAUGCUAUCAAGCAAGAGAGAGAGCUGAGCGACUUGCGACACGAGCAAGAACUACGCGACGUGCAAAAUAGAGCAGAGGCCGACUUUAAACGAGCGCAAGCAGCAGAGAACGCGAGCACCGCGGCAACUAAGAAGGCGGAAUCUUUGGCUCGAGAAUAUCAAGAAUCGCAAGAUCGAGCGACAAAUGAGAGGUCGGAACUGGAGAAGCAAAUUCGCAAACUGAAAAACGAGAGUGGCACGUUGCGAGGGGAGCUCGAGGAUGCAAAGCAAGAUCUGGCCUCCCAAGAGCGCGAGGGGAAAUAUGCUUUCCACGAGCUGGAGCAGAAGCAUGCGACAUUGCAGGCGUCUGUUGAAGAUAUACAGCAAGAUCUGAGUAGCAAAGUCGCGGCGAUGCAGACUGCACAGCAGAAGCUGGCUCGGAAAGAGACUGAAGUCGGCGAACUGGAGAACGAAGUACUGCGUCUGAAGGCGCAAACUGGCGAUUCCGAUACCCUUGCUGUCAUCAAGAAAGAGCUGUCAGAACAGGUCGCGUAUAUCAAGCAGCUGGAGACUACCAACCGAGGGCAGCUCGCGGAGCUUAAGCAGUUCCGGAAAGUCACGAAGAGCGUGGAAGUUGUAGAGGAAGAGAAGCGUGCUCUGGAAGCGAAAGUACGUAUCAUGGAUGAUCUCAGGAGAGAGCUGGCCGAAGCACAUCUCCAGAAGCAGAUCUUAGAGGACGAGAAGAAGAGCUGGACUAGUUACCUGGAGUCUGAAGCUACAGGCGAAGAGGACUUGCGAUACGAGACACCAGAGCAAAUGGCCAAGGCGUUCCUGCAGGAGCGACUGGAACGUUUAGCCUUGUUGGAUAAAGUCGGCACUAUACAACCAGAGCUGUCUGUGAAGGAGGAGAACAUCCGUGUGCUGGAAGACGAAAAGGCUCGUCUGAAGGAGGAACUGGAGAAGGCACGCACGUCUACUAUGAACGGGACCUCUGCGUCUGCGGGCGAUAGCAAGGUCAGAGCGCGCUUAGAACGUCAGAAGAACCUAGUAAUGAAGGAGGUGGAGUACCUACGCGCACAAAUGAAGACCUUCGAGGCCGAAGAAGCGGAGUUCACACCCGACCACAUCAACGAGCAACAUGCGAAACGCAUCCAUGAGCUGGAGGAUAUGGUCGAGCAAUACCGCACCGAGCUGCAAACCCUGCAAGCCGACCUCUCCAAACUUGAAUCACAACAACCAACCCCCUCGUCGCCCAAGAAGCGAGCCCGAGAGGACGAUGAGGCCUCAGACGAACGUCUGGGCGAACUACGCCGCAAGUCACGCACCCUCCAAGACGACCUCUCCAAACUCCAAUCCCAAAACCAACUCCUCGAAGCCGAGCUCAAAGCAAGCAUCUCCCAACUCUCCUCCCUCAAAGAGUCCUCCCGCACUCGCGUGCUCGAAUUCCGCAACAACCCCACGGCCGAAACGGAAGCGAUCAAAAUGUCCACCCUCCGCACUCUGCGCGACGAAAACGCCGCCCUCCUCUCCCAACUCCAAGGCACCCCCCACGGCAAAGUCGUCCCCAUCUCGACACUGGAAAACCUCCGCCUCCAACUCCAAGCCUCGCACUCCCAAACCACAAAACUCGAAAAGAAAGAACUCCGCCUCAAACAGAUCUGGACCUCGAAAUCGCUCGAAUUCCGCGAGGCCGUCUGCUCCAUCCUCGGCUGGAAACUCGAUUUCCUGCCCAACGGCCGCGUCAAGGCCACGUCCAUCCUCUACCCCACGGCGUACCACGACAACGGCGAAGAAGAGGCGAAUUCCAUCAUUUUCGACGGCGAGAAUGGGACCAUGAAGGUCAGCGGCGGGCCGCAGAGUCUCUUCGCGGGCGAGAUCCGGCACAUGAUUGAGUUUUGGGUCGAGGGCCGGAAGGAGAUUCCUUGCUUUUUGGCCGCUUGUACGUUGGAGUUUUAUGAGCGGACCACGAGGGCGCAGAAUCUUUGA